CCCUGUGCUGACACGUCCGCAUUUCGCUGCUGUCAUUGCAAUGACAAUUGGAUUUAACUUAUUCUGGAAUGCAGUGGACGUGAAACGCGUGUUGUGUUGCAUUUUGUGUGUUUUUAAGCACAAAUUCCGAACGAAACCGAUAUAAAUCUUUAUCGAAAAGACGAAAGAAAACAUUCAGUAUGGUAGCUGAUAAGGAAAACGUAGCGACUGGUGCCAGCGCAGUUGAAGGUGAGACCACUUCGAAAAAGGCAGCAAAGAAGCAAGCGAAAGAAGCACUAAAAGCUGCUAAGAAAGCUGAAAGUAAAGCAGCCAACCAAGCAAACAAUGGUGAAGAAGCUGGCGAUAGCGUAGAUGUAUCGGCAGGUCGCUAUGGUUCCGCUGGCCUCAUUCAAUCGAAAGAAAAGUUUGAGGAACGCAAAUUUGUGCCGGUGAACGAAUUGAGUCAACCAGCCCAUAGAGACCAACUAGUUUGGGUGCGCGGACGUGUGCAUACCUCACGUUCGAAAGGCAAGCAAUGUUUCUUGGUGCUACGUCAGCAGAGCAGCACAGUACAAUGCAUUCUAGCAGUAGGUGAACGUAUUUCCAAACAAAUGGUGAAAUUUAGCGGCAACGUCAGCAGAGAAAGUAUUAUCGAUGUGCAAGCUAAAGUAGUGUCUGUGCCCAACAAGAUAGAAUCCUGUACUGAACAAACAAUUGAAUUGUGUAUUGAACAACUCUUCGUGGUGUCACAAGCAAAACCGCAAUUGCCGCUGCAAAUCGAAGAUGCAUCACGUCCGGAAAAUCUAGAUGAUGCCGACAGUUUGAAUAUUCGCGUAAACCAGGAUACACGUUUGGAUAACCGCGUGUUGGAUUUGCGUACACCAGCGAAUCAAGCGAUUUUCCGUUUGGAGGCGGGCGUUUGUCGUUUGUUCCGUGAUAUUCUAACUGUAAAAGGUUUCACCGAGAUACAUACACCCAAAAUUAUCUCAGCUGCCAGUGAAGGUGGCGCAAACGUAUUUACUGUCAGCUACUUCAAAGAUUCCGCUUAUUUGGCACAAUCACCACAGUUGUACAAACAAAUGGCAAUUGCUGCUGAUUUCGAUAAGGUUUACACUGUCGGCGCUGUUUUUCGUGCGGAAGACUCCAAUACUCAUCGCCACUUGACUGAAUUCGUGGGUCUCGAUUUGGAGAUGGCAUUCAAAUAUCACUAUCACGAAGUCUUGCACACCAUUGCUGACACGUUCACUGGUAUUUUCAAGGGUUUGCGUGACAAUUAUAGCCAGGAAAUUGCCGCCGUGAAUCAACAAUAUAAUGUGGAGCCAUUCAAGUUCUUGGAGCCACCAUUGAUAUUGGAAUUUGCGGAGGGUGUUAAAAUGUUGCGUGAAGCUGGCGUUGAAACCGGGGAUGAAGAGGAUUUGUCUACACCCAACGAGAAGCUGUUGGGCAGACUUGUUAAGGCAAAAUACGACACCGACUUCUAUGUAUUGGACAAAUUUCCAUUGGCCAUUCGUCCUUUCUACACAAUGCCCGAUCCCAACAACCCCAUGUAUUCCAACUCGUAUGAUAUGUUCAUGCGUGGCGAGGAGAUCCUUUCUGGUGCGCAGCGUAUACACGAUCCCGAUUUCCUUAUGGAGCGUGCAAAACAUCAUGCGAUCGAUACCUCAAAGAUUGCCGCAUAUAUUGAAUCGUUCCGCUUCGGUUGUCCACCUCAUGCUGGUGGUGGUAUUGGCAUGGAGCGUGUUGUCAUGCUUUAUCUGGGUCUUGACAAUAUUCGUAAAACCUCAAUGUUCCCACGUGAUCCCAAACGGUUAACGCCUUAAAAUGUUUUGAUAUAAAUGCACAAAAAACAAUAAUUAAAUGGGAAAAUGUUCAACGCGGACGAUAAAUAAUGGGUUUCAAAUGAAUUUUGUGUUUGCUCGAUUUCCUUAGAACAUCCUAAUUUCAUCCUUGAUCAUUCGGAGCCGAUUUUCUUUUUGAUCUUCUUUUUUAAAGGUUGUUCAUUUCUUUAUUAUUUUUUAUCAACUAUUUACUUAAUUAUGUAGUUAUUCCAACAGUUGUCUAACAACUGCUAUAGUAUAAAAGGUGUCAAAAUUUCAAUUAAUACACGUGUUAAGGCUGAAAUAAACGAGACAUCCUCAUAAACAAA